AAACAGACGCAAUGCGAAGGAGAUUACUUAGAGAUCAGAGAUGGAGACAGCGUAGCAUCUCCAGUGCUCGCAAAGUUUUGUGGGAGAUCCGGAGCAGGUCAGAGCGUCAGUUCAUCCGGAACACAAAUGCUGUUACGUUUUGUUUCUGACAACGUCACUGACAGUUCCAGCUCACGAGGGUUUAAUCUAAGGCAUUCUGGUAAGUAAACAAUCAAAAACUAAGUAAUGUCAGAUUACCAAAAUCAUGAAGAAAAUGUAUUGAAAUCAUCUGACGGAAGACGUUUAGAUUUAUACAAGAGACAUUAGACAUAAACCACCCGGCCAGCUAAGAACUUUUCAAAAAGACCUAUUGUUAGUUAUGCAGAUAUGUUUUUGCUCAGAUUCCAAUUUGUACGUGUUAGACUGGGUGGGCGUUCAUAAGGUGACCGAAUGGGGAGGUGGAAAGAAACAUACUUUGAAAUAAAGUAGCUAGGAGUUAACACAAGCAAGGUCUUGAUCAUUAAAGUCAGCUACCGAGGGUACCCUCCGACAGUUUCGCCACAUUGGUAUCCCUGUGUGCCUACGCCAGGUUGGAUACCACUUUUUUUCUUAGUUAUGGGGCUUCUUUGGUGUGUUUGCAGAUGAGAAGAUAUUCAACAACAACAAAAAUACUGGCAAGAUACACUUAUAUGUACAUGCGUAAUCUUGUACCCAAAACUCCCACGGCCAUGAAGACAGAGUGAGAUCUGGGUACGAGAUUAGUAUGAUUUUAUCCUUGUUUGAAAUUUGAUUUCCCUUUGUCAGUUUGGGUAUGUUAAUUCAAGAUAAGGGGCGCUUUCCAUCCAGCCCAAAUUCCGAAAAUUUCGGUUAGAAAUCAAACGGCACAGACCAUUUCAGUUCUGUCAGACCGGAAUAUUUGGAACCAGCUUUGAAGGUGGUCCCUUGACCGGUCUGUUCAUUUCGGUCGGUCGGACGGAAAUGUUCCUCUCCAUUUGACAAAAUUGUUGUCCCCAGAACGGCUCUUUUGAAUCCUGCUUACGAGAACAAUAACCAAACGUGUGGUGGUUUGGGUCGGGUGUGUGCAACCGGAAUGUUCCAUUGGGCACACGGAAUUUCCGAAAUUCAAACCGGAAUUUUGGUUGAAUGGAAAGCGCCUAAGGACUUUGAAGCAUAUCAGGGGCGUAGCCAGCAUUUUUCAAAGGGGGGAUUACAGAGGCUACUCACCAGAUUGUCAUGUCGACCUCCACGCCCAUAUUAACUUAAGACAAGAGCCGUUGAAAAAGUGGGCUUUUCAAAAAUGGCUUUUACAGCCAAGAUAUUGUCAUGGCGUUUUCGCCACCUGAAUAUUGUAGGUUGUUUGCUCAAAAGAAGGCCUACCAAGAGGGGGUCACGGGCACCCCAGGACCCCCCCUAGCUACGCCCCUGCGAGGGCCUGAGGUAAAUCCGUUAAAUUAUGAGGAUACUGUUGUAAAUUUCCCCACUAUUCCCAGGGGGUUUUGGGGGUCGUUGACUAGUGCAUUACAAUGUGCAUCAAUUGUCACAUUUUGCAGCCCGACGGGGCAUUUUUGAAAGUGUUUUGUACGAUUAAAUUCGCUGGGAGUAAAACAAUUAUAUAUGUGAGCUAAAAACCACUUUGUAUCGCAACGAAUGGUUACCGCAUAACGUCAAAAAUUCAAAACUCAGGGCUACAAGUCCGAUAAACAAGAAAUUCGCUACAUUUGUAAGAUCUCAUAAAUUAGAGUGAACCCCCAAAAAUUAAGUCACAUCAAUCUCCGUCACUUAUGCAGGCUCCUGCUCUUUUCUGUUGUGUGGAUCAAACCUGUCACUUAAGCCAUUCUAAGAUGUAUAUGUUCAUGUACUAAAAAGCUUCUCUUACCUUGGUUAUUAGGUUUCGGCAUUGUGGAUCAAAACAAGAACUCUGAGUAUAAGAGAGACUACUAGUGACAAUUUUCCACGGGCGUAGAGGGAGGGUGAGUUUUCGUUACUGAAUUAAUUAGUCAGCGGUAGUUUGGCAAAAUGAAGAGGGACUUCCGGUUAAAUGNCCCCCCCCGUUUAUCUGAAAGUCUGCAUCCUCCACUACGGGGCUACAAUAGGUGUUGGCUUUAGGGAGGUGUCGGUUAGAAGAGAGUUGGUCGUAAUAAGAAGAUAAUGAGUAUCGUUAUUUAGCACAAAUAAUUAGGAGAUCAAUGGUGACUCAUUUUCAUAUGGAUUAGCAUCACAUGCACCUGCACAGGGUUUUACGGAUUACAAUGAAAGUGUUCUCAAGAACGGAAGAAAGAAAGAAACCGCAACACUCUGGCCGGAUCCCUGGCACACAAGAUAACUUGAUGAUGAACUCUUAUGUUGCCAGCACCUGCACUAAUAUUUUCAGAUCAACCACUCACGACUAACAGGUGAUAUGAAACGCACCUCAAAAUACACGUUAAAGAGCCAAGUCUUUGUGUUUAGUGCUGGAGUGUGUUUUUAUGAGCAGUGGCUUCGUUUAUCGUUAGUCAGAGGAGACUGGACAGAGUGGACCACCUGGACAGAAUGUUCCCAGACGUGUCACCAUGGAAACCAGACUAGGUACAGGACAUGCUUGAAUCCUCUACCAGAGAGUGAACUGGAACUGGUUUGUGGUCAUGUGGCAGACAAUGAGACGAGAAGCUGUUUAAUCUCGAACUGCAGUAAGUGACUGUCAGUUUCUCAUAUUCAAUUAAUUAUUGAAUUCUGUUCAGACCAUCCACUUUGAGGAAAGCAGACAAAAAAGUUAGAAGGCGUAUGGAGCCUAAAAUUGGCUAAUAUACUCAUAUAGCGAGAGCAGAAAACAUGUCAAUUAUAAUAAAGAAAUAGGCAAAUGGGCCUUCUUCAAAGAGAAAUCCCUUGUAGAAGGAUGGUUGGGGAAAUUUUAGUUGCUUCUUUCUUCGCUGUUUUUUUUUUUUGUUAUUCAUAACUGAUUUGUAUAACUUAAAUUAGCAGGAUUUGAAAGUGGUCGUUAUUCUAAAAGUUUUCAUGCUGAAAACAUGAACAGUUAUAUAACAUGGUGUGACCUUUUCGAACGAACCCGAUAUCUUUACAUAACCUCGUUUAUUACAGGGACGCUUGUUCCACUCUACAAACACAAAAGUAAUUUCAAAAUAUAAUCACAACAUAACAGAAAGGAUGAAAAUGAGCAAUAGUCCACAUAGAAUCCCUUGCAGCAAUCCUACUCAUGUUUGAAAUUCAACACACAGUGACAUGGCAUCCUCUCGUUUUGGGCAUCCCCAUUCCCAAAAUUCUAGUGAUAUAGGCAUCUCCUGUGACCCUAACACUAACCCAAAUCGCUUAGGUAAUAUGAGAAGGGGAUGCCUAUAAUAUCACUAGGGUUUAGGGAAUGGGGAUGCCCCAAGAGAGGAUAAAGGGGACAGAGAAGGCAUCCCCCAUACACACCCUAUUCCAUAGGUAAUUCGUCGCGAGUUAUUUUUAACACCACAGAUCUCAAGGGGGAUUAGACAACAGCUAAACACAUAGCGCGAAUGUUUUCCGCGUGGAUGACCCACGCUUGGAGCCACGCGUCCUUCACGAAUUUGACGCAGAACAAACUGGCGGAAGACGCGGAGAGCGAUAUUGCUAUUCGUUUUGUCCAAGGAAACGACUACAGAGAGAUUUCUGCUAAGGCUGUGUCAGCGAAAUGGAAAUUAAAAAAGAAUCGCCCUUCCUCUCUUGUAUAGAGCUAACAGUACAGCAGGGAAAUCCUUAACACGCUGAAUAUUCUCUCAGGAUCAUUUAUAAUUUACAGUUUGAAGAGAGCAAUUUCUGGUUUGAUAUUUAUUCUUUUAUUAGUCUUUUAUUAUUCAACAAAAAUAACACUUGGCGUCCUACUUGCUUUAUUGUACAAACGACAAGUUUCAAUAGACCGGCGAAAUUUCUCAUUUUAUUAAAGCACUGAGGUUACGACAACUUCGAGUUAAACUGAUUUCACUGGUUGUUAAAGAGUCCAGCGAUUCCCUUUUGCCAGAUGAGCGCCGACUCAUUUCGCUUCAAUAUUCAGGAAUGCUCUCGAUCUCUUUACGCUUUCAUUGCCUUUCGCCCGACAUGUUUCGCACGGCGUUUAGUCAUGCGAAACCUCCACGAAACAUUCACGCAGCACGUGAGGUAACCUUAUCCCGAUUCUAAAAAUAACUCGAGACGAAUUACCUAUGGAAUAGGGUGUGUAUGGGGGAUGCCUUCUCUGUCCCCUUUAUCCUCUCUUGGAUGCCCAUAUUACUGUAACACCCCACUUCAAAAACUUAAGGGAGAAUGGGUACAAGCUUCAGGUGUAGUGAUUCAUGGGAUCGUUUGAGUGGACAAGCGUUAGCUAUGGUUAGUCGAUAUUUUCCAAGGCAACCAUUAACCAAUCAGAAGUAACGCUUGUCCACCCACACGAUCCCAGAAAUCGUUGCGCCGAUAGCCUGUACCCAUUUCCUUUGUAGUUUCUGGAGUGGGUCCUUGACCUCAAAGUUAGCCCUAAAACUUCAAUUCCGUUGCAGUACCAAUUGACGGUGGCUACAGCAGCUGGUCCAACUGGUCUGCGUGUAACGUGUCUUGUGGAACUGGGUUCAGGAACAGAUCUCGUAGCUGCACCAACCCACCACCUGCUUUUACUGGCAAGAACUGUUCGGAAAUUGGCGUUCCAUGGGAGACAACGGAAUGCGUGCUAACCCCUUGUCCAGGUAAAUCAAUUUAUUCUUUUCACUGAAAUGGGGACUUUUAGUCUGCUUUAGUAAGGGUAUGAACGGUUUCCAGUUAACAGGAUAAAGGUCAAGUCCCACAAAUGAGUCUAUUCUCAAAGGCAUACCAGGCAUUUAAUGUCUACGCAAAAAUAUUUAUGUUCUCCUAUCCACUGAAAUGUGACGGCUGCAACUUAUUUUCCAAUUGGAACUGUUUGAAAUAAUAUUAAGUAGCAGUGUGGUAAUAAUCAACUGUUAUUUUUAUUCAAAAGGUUCGGCGAGCGUGGCGUCAAUUUCAAGCCCAAAAAGUCACUUUGCACCAUCCACUUAUGUCAUGAUGCUACAGUCCUUUUUAACAGUAACGUCGAGCCACGACUCUCCAGUCCAGCAGUUAGCUACAACUUCGUCAAGUUAUUCCAGCGUAGCUUUCUCUCCUAGCAAUUCUGGUGCUGCACCCUUUCUCGGCGACUCGGAUGCCACGCCCUAUUUUAAAUUCUCUUUUUCCACUCCCUUGACAAGGCCAUCAAGCACGCUAUCUUCCCAAAGAAACAUUUUGUCCACAAGUUCAACAAAGAACUUGCAAAACAGAAUGACUUUGGAUGUUCAAGGGGUACAUGUGACAACUUCACAUUCCACACUGGACGAACUACAUACGUCAAACAAAUCCAUUCUGAAUGACAGACCAAUUAUCCCUGCUAACUUUUCAAGCCAUAACAUUUAUUCAACCGACGAAAUUUGGAAAAUAGCUACCAGCUAUUAUUCGUACUCUUCAAAACCUUGGCGUCUAUCGACAGAGCCCUUAACACUAAAAAGCAAGUUAUUCGGAGAUUCUAUCUCUACCGUUGGACAACCCGGGCAACAAAAUAAGGAAAUUUCAAGUGCUUCUUUUCUCUCUCGAACAAAAUUUAAAAGCUUCAAUUCUCAGACAGAUUCAACUGCUUCUAUCUCAAAAAUAUCUUCCAGCUAUCCAUCAAAUUCUUCAAUAACCUGGCAUGUGUUUACAGAACCAUUGACAUCAAAGGGCAAUUUACUUAAAGAUUCUAUCUCGACAGUUGCACUAACAAGGUAUCAUAUUAUAGGGGUUUCAAGCACUAGUAUACACGCUGCUUUCUUACACUCAGAUACAAUACUUAAAAACGUAAAUUCUCAAUUAGAUUCGACGUAUUAUGCAUCAUCCCGCCACCUAUUAAAUUCCUACACACCUUCGAAAGCGUUCGCAAAACAAACCGGACAACCGAUUGUGGGAAUUUCAACCGCGAUCUCUCGAACUUUUUCGGCAAGCUAUACUUCCACCUACCUAUCGAAUUCGUCCACAUCUUGGCAAGUGUUGUCGGAACCCUUUACACCAGAUAGCAAGUUACAAAGAGAUUCUUCUCCUACAACUGCACAAAAACGACAAAGCGUUGUAGAAAUUUCUAGCUUUGGUUUAAAUGCUGUUUCCUUAGUCCUUCGAACAGUUACUGAAACCUACAGUUCUAAAAAAGAUUCGCAUACCAUAAGCACUAGAAUAUCUUCCAGCUAUCUUUCGCUUUUUUUAAAACCUUUACAAAACAAAACAACUGCAGAUUCUCAGGCAAUACACAUAAGUACGCUUUCUACGCUAGACGUAUCUGAUGCGUUGAGUAGUUCCAUGUCACACGAUAGAGGUUAAAAAAGACGCUUGUAAAGUUUGUGAUUUCUUCUAAGUUGACAACUGUUAUCGGUUGAUAGAAGGCAGAUAGUCAGUAUAAGAAGCUGUGGCUGCGUUGGCUGCGUUGACAGUGGCUUUCGGAGUUGUAUGAAUAGCAACUUAGUCAGAGAUUCCAGUUCUAAAGUUGGGCAAACAGGACAGCAGAUUCUGAGCACAUCGCAUACUGUUCCUUUCCUCUCUUCCACAAUCUUGGGAAACUGCAGUUCACAGGCGGACCAAGGACAUCACGUUACGUCUUUACAAACAAGCUUGAUAGGGUCAGAGUCGCAGACAUCACAGCGGUCACAUAUAGCAUGGAGGAAUCAAAGCACUGGAAUAACAUUACACACUUUACCCACUACGGCGUCUUUUGAACCACACCCAGCCAAUCAGGAAUCAUCAGUGAGAACGAAGACUUGGGCAACCAAAAUGGACCAAGGACGUACAGAACCCGUUUCUACUGCGCAUGUCAGCCUGACUUCAGCCACGUUACCCACUUCAACCAAUUUGAAGCUUUACUACAAUAGGAUACAAGAAUCGUCAAUUGUGAGAGGCCAUACUAGAAGGACUAUGGCACAGUCCACAUGGAGGACCCGUAGCAUAUCCGGCUAUUAUCACCACAACAGCUCUCAAAGGAGAUCUUUUUCAACAGCUCAAAGCACAAUGCAAUCGACGUGGAGGCCAAAUAUCGAUGGGGAAAGCGUUUAUCCCACUACCACGAGUUAUGUUAAACAGACUAGCUUUCAGUCAUCAGUCAUGUUGUUACCAAGUAUCUAUAAUAGUGUUGAAGCAUCAAGUUUACCACGUAUUCAAACUCAAAAUAGCAUGUUGACCUUGACAACGCUUGGCCAGUUUUGUCAGCAAGCAGGUAACUAUUACAGGAAAAGAAAGCAUUAGAUAUCAGAAUAAAAAUAGGUGAAGUUGAAGCUCGUUGGAUUUCACAUAGGCCCUAGCUUAAGCUACGGUAAAUCGGGCAACUAAAACCAGCAAAUUGUUUUGUUCAAGUUCCGUAUAGUUGUUGCAAAAACCCAGAACUACCCUCCACUAACUGCAAUUUAGGUUUCUGGGAAACUGCCCACUUACCCCUCCCCUAGCUAACAUUAAUACUUGCUUCUCACUUAAGGCAAAAUGAUGACUUAGGGGAAGGGUAGGUGGGCAGUUUCCCAGAAACCUAUAUUGAUCCGCAACCUGCAACCUCCUGAUUCUGCGUGAUUCGUUUCAAGGCAGGUUUGAUUCGCGGGUGGUAAAAUGCGCAACAUCGCUUUUAAACUCAUUUUUCAGCAAUGUUGCAAAACUAGUUGCACGUUUUUGUUGCUCGAUUUACCAUAGUUUUAUUCUUAUGAUAUGCAACUGAUAGCCACCGUUAGCUACCACGCAAGGUUUUCUAGACUCACUGAUUUUCAACCACUAGUCUCCGUUUAGGGUUACACCUAUCAAACUGUUAAGUUAUAUAAGCAGAAUGAUCCUAGGUUUACGUCAUCUCCUUUGCUCCUAGGUUCCUCAUCUCCUCUGACGGUACGUGCAACUCAAACUUCUCCGCUGCUGUUCACAAGAGAGACAAUCAUUUCACCUACUCAGAACCAAAGCAAAAUUACAUGGCGCUAUACAGUAAAUAUGUCUGAAACGAUACUCAGCAACUUCAAUGCCAUGCAUAGCUCAUCCCUAAAUACUCCUCAAAAUGGAGUUACACUAUCUUCAGAUGUCACAAGAUCAAGCAACCUCAUAUUCACGCAGGCAACUAAAAGGGAAAUUUUGCAUUCGACUGAGCAACCUUCAGAAGAUGUCACAAGAUCAAGCGAUCACACAUUUUCGCUGUCAACCCUUUCGAAAAUUUCGCACUUGAAUGUUGCUUUUCCGUCGUCCGAUAGUCAAAAUACAGAAAUGGUGUACUCUUCACGAACAUCCGCGACAACUUCAAAAUCCGGAAGUCACGUGGGUGUUUCUAGUUCUCGCUCAGAAUCCUACCAGGUCAAUUCCGUAUUAUCCUGGGGAAGGAAGACUGUAGAAACAAAAACAGACCCCGGACAUAUAGGAACCAUUUCCAUCUCACAUACAAUAGCGACGUCAACCACAAGGGAGUGUUGUGAAGGAAGCAGCGUACAUUGGCCAAGGGCAAUGGAAUCCAGCAAGCACCAAGCAAACAGAGAAAGCAUUCAUGCCACCGAAUUGUUACAAAUGGUAACAGCACAAGAAACAAGUUACUAUAAAGUGUCUUUUGAACGGACCGCUGGAUCCGAGAUGGACGACACUGAAAUAAAAACCAGCUCAUCCACACAAUCACCAAUAUCAACUUCUCAAGUCAGUACCACAUUGUCAAGGCUGUCCAUCACUAUAUCUCCAUCAAGAACAGGUUGGUUACAGAUUUGACCUUUUCAGUUUAAAGUUAAACUAACCACACCUAAAAACUGACAAAAACGUAUUCUUGAUAACGCAGGUGAUUAAAUAACGUAGCAUUUAGGAGGUAUUCGAGACUCGACGAACUGGGACAGGCAUGAGUAGAUCCAGUGAUGAAGGGGAGGGGGGGGGGGGGGCUGUUUAAUUGCUAAUUCCACCCUCCCUCACUUCAUUACAUUGGUUUCUACCACAAAACGUUAGUCAGAAAUAUCUCGUUUUCUCCGUAAAGGCCACUGAAAGCUUUGAAAUUUUACUCCAUUGUGUUAAGUACCCGUAACUAAACUCGUGUCUGAGAGGUAAAGGCAACGCGUGUUGGUUCAAGUCUCAAUUUGGGCUACCAAAUGAAAAUUCCAUACGACUCAUUGGUGGUAAUUAUUCUAGUUUAAAGUGUUUAUUUACUGAAGGCUUCCAGUCUGCUGAAUGUUUUUUAAGAUCUCGUGUUCCGGACCCGCACUACCGAGUGUCCCCCCACCUGUUGCGCUACUGUUCGUUACGCCAAAUACAUUUCUCGCUACGUACUUCACAUACCCCUUCCUCAGCUCAGAUAUAAACUUGAACUCCCACCACUUAAAGUCCUGGAUCUGUCCAAGCAGGCAUGAAUGUCUCCAUCUGUAAGGCACGGAACAAACUAAACUUUGCGUUUAUUAAAGGCUUCCUUCACCUCCAAGUAAAAUGCUUUGAACUUAAAUGUAGCGUAAGCCUGUCUCCGAAAUGUCACGACCACCUCUGAGACGUUCGACUAGACAUGAUACUCUUCCUGUUUCUUCAGCAGAAGUAUAGUUAUUGGUACAAGAACCAGUUGCAACUUCUCUACAAACUCCCGUGUACAAACCCCUUUAAGUUUCUUACAAACAGUUCAUGCUAAACUCCAUAAGAUAUAUACAUAUUUGUAACGCGAACAUAAAGCCUUCUCUUAGCCCUUCACUCUCCUUGUUGAAAAGGUUCGAUCGCACUAUCAUAGAAGUUUCCAAAUAGUUCAGAUACCACAGGCAAUAUAAUCUGCCAGAUACUGAUUUUAUUCUCUACGUUUGUCUUUUAGACCCAAGCAGUCCAGCCGUUGAUUUGACCACAUCCACCUUAACAUUCCCGUGGCACUUAAUUCCUUUCGUGGUAAUUUCAUUAGUAAUUUUUGUAGUUCUCGUUACCUACUGCUUUCGCAUUCCUGACAUAACAGAAAAGAUUUUUCUCGCAUUAAAAGAAAGGAAAACGCAAAUUACGCGGUCCAGACAAGAGAAAAGUUUCGACGUGAUGAAAGGAAAUGUCUUGAACAAUUUUGAAGCUUCAACAUUCCAUUCCUAUCAAAGGGAGUUAUUUUACGAUGCGACGUUAAACUAUGCUAUGUUUGAGAAGAGUACGACAAGAGCUAUCGAGUUUUCCAUUCACCUAGACGAAGAGGACCAAAGUGCAGGGCCAGAAGAAGCUGUAGAAAUAUCUUGUGUAUUAGGAGAUGAACCUGCCAACGGAAAACAAGGGGGCGGCUCGCUAAGUGAGAUGUUUGAUAAGCAGUGA